GCCACAUCUUUUCGCAUGUGACUGCCUCGUUCCUAAACUCCCUAUCCUUCUCAUACUAGACACCAAGACCUCCUCAUUCGAAAAAAAUCAGACUCCUGCUAUACCAACCAGCAGCACUUCUUCUAGUCGUUUGAUCCCGCGCCGAGAUUUCCAAGAGCCUUGCUGCUAGGCUGUCCCCAACUGUGAUCAAUCGAGCAUUGACGCUGAUCGACGACGACCAGCAGCUAGCUCCGUUUAGCCAUCAUUGGACAGGGUGCGGAGACGAUUGUCCCCCUGACUGCUCUUUCCAUGGAUGUCGGUUCGCUCUCGAAGGGGCUGCAAGCCUAGAAAAAUGAAGAAGAAGAAGGAGUCUUUACCCCGUUCGCCUUUGCUGUCCUCAGCCGAUCCUUCUGUUUCCCUGUUUUUUCCCAAGGCCUGAAUCAAGACUCAGAAGAUUGUAGGUCAAUCUGCUCAUGUGCAGACUGCUGGUCUUCCUCCAAAGAUCGAUCAUAACUCUGAAGCUGCCAACGGGCAACCGAAGAAGAAGAGAAAGAGGUCAUCACCCCCAUCAACAUCGUCUUUAUCUUCCCCUUCCGAUUCUCGGCCAUCAUUGCCCUCUUCCAACGUCGCCUGCAUACUUGAGGAGGUAGGGGCGGAAUCUUCAGUGGUGGUUCGAGCAUCCUGGGGACCGUUUUCGGUCGCUUCUUCUCACCCAGCCCCUCUGCCUGCUCCCAAAGCCGCGACCCUACCUCUCUCUCGAGCAGCCGGCCCGCCGAAGAAGGCCAGGAAGAGGAAGAAUCGCUCGACAGACGACGACAACGUGCCCCCUCCCUCCAAGCUUCCCCGGCUUUCCGCCCCUUCCUCUGCUGUAAAGCCUUCCUUUUCGCCCAAUGUGGAUGUCAAUCCCAUCGGGAUCAGAGAUGAAGCUGCGAAGUCUGAGUCUAAGACGAAGACGGAGAGGAAGCCUCGCAAAAAGAAGAGAGAUAGGGAAAGGAAGCAAAGGCAAGCCGAAAUGGGGGGCAACGGGGGAGCGACAAACGGAGGAAAAGAAGAAGUUCGCGGCGUCGAUAGCGGAAUUGGGCUGCCAGACCUCUCAACGAGCUUGACUGAGAUUGGCGAGAGUUUACAUCAGCCAGUGAUUGAAAUCGCCAAUUCCUUCACCUCUCGUCCAACCAUCAGCUCCUCUUCACCAUCACUCCCAUUGGAGAAUGCGUCAUUGGGGACUGCUUUCCUUCUCGAUCCCCGUUUGCCACAGCCAGCACCAUUAGCCUCCCAGCUCCCACUUUGCGCUGGUGUCAAUCCUGCAUCCGGCAUGCCCCAUUCCAUCGAAACCCCUUCGCCAUCCCCUCCCGUGCCCACGGAACAGGCAGCUGAGAUCUUGGCUGCUAGCGAGCGGUCCUCACUUGGGGAAGAGCAGGCUGAGGAAUGUGUCGAGCAGCGCGCUGAGGUUGAGCAAGAACAAGGAGUUUUCUCAUAUGAGGCGCAGAGUUUUGAGCCGGAAAACGCUCUUUUCUCUGGGGUUGUAAAGAGUGAGCGGAUCGAGGAGAUUACUCCCGCCUGGGAGCUCGAGCUUUCUCGAGCCAGGCUGGCUUCCGAGGCUCAGCGAUCGAGAAGAGGUGCUGAUGAGGCAUUGGGUGUUAUUGGUGAUGGCACCAUCCAAUGGGAGAUCUAUCCGCCCGCCCUCUCGUCAACCAAUUCCUCUCGUCCCCGACCGACUCGUCGCCAAAAGCACUCUCGUCCCUCCGCCAAAAGACGGCAAGCAGUCCCCACUUCCUCUCUCCGCCGCUCUCCUCGAGUCCAGCUUGACCAAUCUUCGCUUUCUAGACGAUCUCGCCGCUCCCAGUCUACACAAGAAGAAGCUGUUUCCCACUCGUUACGCCGCCUGCACCCUCCUUCCCCAUUUAUCAUUGAAGGCGAAGAACACUAUGAGGUGGAGCGUAUUGUAGACAGUCGGCGCCAGAGGCGAGAUGAAGUUGAGUACAAGGUUGAGUGGUCAGGCUACACAGGGGCCGAUCAAUACAGCUGGCUACCCUUCGAUGAGGUGAAGCACCUGGAAGAAGCCCUGCACGGUUUCUUCGCGGCCAAUCCCCAUAAAGCUGGGGCCCCAGCAGAGCCAGUCAUCCUAGCUGAACGCGCGAGACGAGAAGAACAUAGUGAAGAGGUUACAGGUCUCGGAGAGAUGAGUGGUGGUUUGGUAGAGGAAAAAGAAGAGGGCAGAGAGUGCCGGGAUGAUGAGGAGGAAGUGGAUGAAGGCGAGGACGACAGGCAGGAGGCGCUGGAGACCGGGGGGCAGACUUGCGGGGAAGCGGAGGUCGUAGAGCAGACAGUCGGACAUCCUGGUGCGGUUGACGAAGGUGGCCCAGCUCUGGCAGGACAGGGCCACGAGGAGAGGGUGGCGUCGUCUGAAAGAAGGUUUUCAUGGCUUGUGGGAUUUCUGGGAUUUUUGGGCCUCUAA